AUGAAAGAAAAAGCGAAGGCGUUGGCUAUUAAAACAGCCAAUCAGGCGAAGGAAACAUUGGAUCUGGAGUGUAAAGAAUGUCGGAAGAAAUUCACCAAUCGUAAAGCUUAUUUCAGACAUUCUCGUCGCCAUUUUAUCAAGAAAUGCGUGUGUGAUAUUUGCGGCAAAGAAUUUUCCACCCUGGAUUCAUUGAGUCAUCAUCAGAGAGGACUCCAUAAUGAGAUCAAACCUUAUUCUUGUGAGGAGUGUGGUAAAUCUUUUAAUUUUCAUCACAGCUAUAAAUUACAUAAACAGAAGCAUUCUGGCUCCAGACCCUAUAAAUGUGACCAUUGUGGGAAAUCUUAUCUGACCUCCAGCCAUUUAAAAGCUCAUCAAACAGCUGUUCAUAGCCAGCUUAAAAAAGAUAAGUUCAUUUGUUCUAUCUGUGGAAAGGCCUUUAACUAUCAAAACAGUUUGAAAACUCAUUUGAUGAUACAUUCAGGGGAACGUCCCCAUAAAUGUGAGAUAUGUCAAAAAGGGUUUGUGAGUCGUCAGGCUCUACGUACCCACGAAACUUCCUACCAUGUCACGUCAAAAGACUUCAAAUGUGAUGUUUGUAAGAAGUUUUAUAAAUCUGAAAUGUUGUUAAACGUUCACAAGCGACGUCACACCACCGACGUCAGCCGCUUUAUGUGUGAUAUCUGUGGACGACAGUUCAUGUUUAAAUCAAAUCUUGAAUCUCAUAAAUACGUGCAUCAGGAAGGUAGACCGUUCAGUUGUGAUACAUGUGGUAAAUCUUUUAAAUGUAUGUCAUCUCUAUACACCCAUCAGUACACCCACAAACAAGACACACCCUUUAAAUGUAAAAUCUGUGGGAAGGGCUUCAAGACAAAAAAUUGUUGUAAGGCUCACGAAAGACGUCACAGUGCCGAAAAGAGUUUUAUUUGUUCAACGUGUGGAAGCUGUUUUCCAGAUAAAGGUGGACUUUCCAAACAUGUACGCACAAUUCAUAAUCCGCAAAAACAUUUUGUUUGUAAACUGUGUAACAAAGUUGGAACACGCGCUGAUAACAUGCGUACGCACGUGAAGAGCCAU